AAGCGCAAUUUGUUUUUUCUUUCGAAAUAUAAGCGCUUGCUUGUCACGUUUUUAUUGAGUAAAUAUUGUAUUUAUCGUCACGUGUUUAUUGAGUUUUCUGUAGUUCUAUUUUAUACCCUAUAGAUCUAGUAACGAAAUGUAAGUCAAGUACUUGAUACAUUUUCGAACCCGAACAGGAACUAUUCAUUAUUCAACGAAGGUUGCCUUACUAGUAACGUCUGUAACUAUCCCGCAUGUCAUUUUCAAUGCGCCUAUAUAAAUAUAUAGUAUAAACAAAAUGGAUUAAAGGUCCACAAAUAUUAGUUUUUGUUAUUUUAUGGAACUGUUGAUCGACCAUCGUCAUGUGGAAGUGCCAUAAAUGUGGAAAACCAGUGUACUUCGCUGAACGUAAACAAUCAUUGGGAUAUGAUUGGCAUCCGGAAUGUUUACGUUGUGAAGAAUGUGGCAAACGUUUAAAUCCUGGCCAACAUGCAGAGCAUAAGGGUGUUCCAUAUUGUCAUGUACCAUGUUAUGGAGCACUCUUUGGACCACAAUUAUUUGGUCAUGGAACAAGAGUUGAAUCGCACACAAGUUUUGGAAAGAAAGAAGCUAGACCAUCAUUACCCAGAUCUCACCUAGAGUCGAAACUGAAAGUUUUCAAUCAAUAUUAUGAGGGCAAGAGUGGGGGAUUCAGAAGUCGCGAGGUUAAUGGACGAUUGAUAUUAGAAGGUGCACUCCGAAUUUACUGGGGUGUCCGCGGAGUAAUCCAUUUAAAAGAAGACGAUGAUCAGCGUACAGUCGUUACCGCUCGGAAUAGAAACUCGUGCAGACGCAGCGUUUCUGAUAGUAUAGAAGAUGAGACUAAGGAGGAUAAUCCGGUGAAGAGUACACCCGAACAGGACACAGAAGCUGAAGUAAAAUCUGUUCCAACUUCACCAGAUCACCUUAAAAGUCUCACUUUGCCAAUGAAAUUAGAUGUUAAAAAUAUGGAAUGGGAUGAAUUGGAUGAACUCCUUCAGGUCGAACGCAAAGUCGAAGACGGCAAUAAAUUAUACCAGACGAUGCCCGAAAAUCUGCCGUCGAUAAGUUCGCAAAACAGCGCGGACGCGUUACCGCUCUCUUCUCAAUCCAGCCUGGACAAGUCCGAUUCCUGUGAGAAUUCAGAAACCAGUAGCCCUAAUCAUCAAGCCAACCGCGGGAAUGACAGUAGUGUAACCAGUACACCAACGCAUAGUAUAGGUAGCUCUUCCAGUACCGAUACACCUGUCUACCAUGGAACGCCAAAUCGAAACGGAACUCUUCGGAGAGUGGAGUAUUUCGAUAGUUUGGAGAAGAAUAUACCUGGGAACAGAACUAUUAGCACCGACGACAGUUGGAUAGAAAAGGGACUGAAUCGAUCUAUGUCCGGACCAGACUGUCUUCAAAGACAUCGAACGGAUAGCGAUACGGAUUCCGUGAACUCUCUUCAAUUUAGAGAAGACGACAACAUGACAAUGUCCACCGACAGCGGACUAGAGUUGGACGGUGUAGUUUUACGACGAAAACAAGGGUCUACUGCGAUUAGACGUCGCCCUGGCGGUCGACGGCAGUCCCGUAGUCGUUUACGACGUCGUUGUUCGAUCAACGGACACUUCUAUAAUCGCGAGACCAGCUUUUUCACACCACCGCAUGGAUCUCAAAUGUCCGUUUGGAUCACGAGCCUAGUAAAUACUCAAGAAGUUAUCAAUCUCAUGUUGGACAAGUAUAAAGUCGACGCUAAGCCGGACAAUUUCGCAUUAUUCGUCGUCCGCGAUAAUGGCGAACAAAGAAGAUUAAGAGAGGACGAGUAUCCUUUGGAAGUUCGCGUAGUGCUGGGUCCACACGAAAACGUUGCGCGACUCUUCUUGGUGGACAAACUGUCGACACCGGAAAUCAGCUCUGACGUCGCGCAAUUUCUUAACCUCUCUUUGGCAGAGUGUCAUGGCAUUUUGCAGCGCUAUCAUUACGAGGAGGAACGUCAAAUUCUUGUACUAAAGGAGAAAUAUAAGGAGAUGCGACGGAGAAUACGACAAAGGAUGGAAGAGCUGAAGGUCCGGCUGUAGUUAGUACGUAUACUUAACGAAUACUUGAAUACCCAUAUCAUUAUUUUUCUAUUAAUCCACUCUUCAAAAUCGUUCUUUUUUUUUUCCUUUUUUUAUAAGUUAUUCACUGUGAAAAAUAUUUGGUCGUUCUCAAGGUAUGUAUUGUAUUAAUGAUACGUAAUCCUUAAUCCAUGACUUAUUUGAACAUUCGAGCGUAAGAGUGGAAUAUAUUGAUUUACGUUCGAGUGUAUAGAGCGAUAACAUACUAACAUCUAGCUUAAAGACUUGUUAUUUCAUUAUCGAGUUGUAAUCAUUAUUUGCAUCUUUGCUGCAUUUAUCUAUACGUGCAGUUAUUACCGAAUCAUUCAGUGCAAUCUAAUUAGAAAUUUAUAUAUCCAAAUGACAUAUUUUUUAAGUCGACUGCGCCCUCUACGAGGACACGCGGUCAUAUUAGCUGUUGUUUAACAUUACUUCGUCUAAAUUGCCAUUUGCUAAUUGUUAUGUGUACAGGAUGGGGUGUAAUUCGUGCUGUAAUUGAAAAUGGAAUUUUUCUUUGCACUAAAUUGAUUCAUAAGUCGGGGAUAACAUUUUUCUAUUAUAGGCUUUCAUUUUGAGAUAAUCGGGUAAUUAGAUCGUCAUUUCUCGUUAGACUUAAUGUUUGACAAGGAAUCAUUCGCCUUCCAGCCGAGUCAUGAUUAUUCUCCACCCUAUACAACGCUUUCGAUUAUUUGCAUGAUCAGUGAAGACGAAUGAAAUCAUUGUCGUAGUUUAAUAAAAAAGGCGAUAAAAUAUCUGUGUAUUAGAUAGACACCAAUAUUAAGUCAAUUCACGAUGACUUUCGAUUGAAACGAAGAGGAAUUUUUAUGUAUAAUUGUCACUGUUUAGAAUAUGCAAUUAUUAACACAAUGCUGUCCAACUUUUCACCGCGUGAGGACCGUGUUCUUCUAAAUUUUGUUUUCACGUAGGUGCCAAAAAGAAAUUAUUGUAUAUUGAAUGGAAAUAGAAUUUUAACGAAGAAAUUGUUGACUUUAAAAUGAAAAUAUUAAAGAAAACGUAACGUUUUAAAAAUAUAUGUAUAUGUAUAUAUCGUCACAGGGUGAGUUGUCUAACACGAGAAUCGCAAAUAUUUAUAUUUCUUCUUGAUAAUAAAAAAAAAAAAAAGAAUUCAAGAAAAAUUUAAGCAUUUGUAAGUUUCAUCUUACAUUACUCACCCUUUGUAUAUGGAUGUAUUGCCUAUAUGGAAAUGGUUAUAAACAAUCGUACCUUGGGAUACAUUAGUUGGACAGCUCCGAUCGAAUCCAUAGACUGUUAUUAUCCAAUAGCAAUUUCCGACAAUUGUCACUGCCACAGUUGCUAGAUUAUUAACGAGAAUUUCAUUUACGAUAGUAAGAUAGUAAGAAAGGGAUUGCUUUCAAUAUAAGUGAACUUCCAGAAUUCGUUUCGAAAGGUGUUUCAAUUAAUCGAGUCACGAAUAGUCCACAGUUUUUGAAUGUAAUUUUAGAAAAUGAAUUUUAAUCGUACGGCGAUCGUUUCGCAAUUUUAUUGCUGGUUAGCGAUUCUGAUUAAUCGUAGCUAUAACAUAAUCGCGUUCGUCACGUUGGGAACUUCUACGCGAUCGACUUUAAAACAUUCUUCCUGCAUAACAAACGAUCAUAGUUUACUAUGAAAUCUAUUUAGAUUUCGAUUUACGAUCUAAUUAUUAGUGUAAUUAAAAUUAUAACGCAAUACAAUUCAAUACUUUCUUGACUAGAUUAAGUAUGAGUCGUUCUUGUGUUAUUUUGUUUAAUGAUCUAUUUUUUAUGUAGUUUUUUUCUAAGCAUUUUCUAAUUUUCUGAUUUUACACUAUUGGGUUAUAAAACAUGAAAUGUUCAUUAGUUUAGACGGAAAUAAAGACACUUCUCCCGAAGAAAUUAUUGAUAAGUAAAACUUCGAAUUUUAUACAAGGUGGUUCUAAAUUUUAUAUUUGAAACUGUAGUUUUUAAGAAAAGGUUGCUGGGAGAUGAAUCUAACGAGUAUAUCGAACAUGAUAAAAUUUUAUAGUCAUUAGGUAUUGCUUCAUUGUUCUCAGACACUUUUGUGUCAACAUAAAAAUGUAAGUUAAUCUUUAAUUUAAUUUUAUCAGUUUAUAUGAAAAUAUUACAGAAGUGUCUUCAAGUGAAUAUUUCAUAUGUCACCACCCAGUGUGUAAUUUCAAUUGAAGCAAUAAAAAUUAACAUGACCGUACCAUGACCGACAUUUAUAAGAUCCAGUUAUUAAUUGUAAUUUAAUAUAAUUUCGUUUUUAAAAUAUCUAGUAAAAAUGAUUUGUACGUUUAUUAAUUGAAUGGUAACUUGCAAACACUAUGGGGAAUUGAUCUACUAAGAUUGUACCCACAUGAAUUAGAAUGUUUAGUAAGUUGUUUAACGAUAAGACCGCAGUGUUUCGUUGACAUUAUACGGCAUUCCGAUUUCACGCAAGAACGAACAAUCCUGAUGUAUUUUUUGAUGAAUUUUUAGAGAAUUCUUUGUAUUAGAGUGUCUCGAAACGAGUGUUGUGUGAUACAGUUUGCUAAAUCGUGAGAAACCGUGGAAAAUAAAUAUAGUGUUCUGUGCGCUAUUGAUCGGAUCAAAAUCAAUUGGCUACUCAAGAACAUGGCAUGGCUAUCCCCACCACAACUCUGCCUAUUAAACAAAGAAGUGAACGAGUCUGUAUUCACCACUUGCCUCGAGAUAUUCAGUAUGUCAGAGUUUCUAGCAGCUGUUAUGUAUCUGAAAGACUUCUAAUUUCCGUGUGUAGACGUGGUCCAGAUAACUGUGAGUACUUAUGCACAAUUACGAUUGUACAGUCACAUACUUAAUAUCGCACAGUGUAAAUCGUUUCUUUGUUCUCCCCUUGAAAAAUGUGUACAGCAAAGGGAAAAUGCACCUUUCAACAAAAAGGCGCAAGGUUCAUUGUGACCUUUGUUUACGACAAUAGAUAGCGUUCGUGUAACCAUAAUUUUAAGCUAGUCACAGUUUUUGAAUAGUCACACUCAGCGGGAUGUCGCAAGAGCGUUAGCGAUUCGAGUUAUUUCAACGAGAAAGUCUGGUUUUAUUUUAAUAGAACAUCUUUUAAUAAAAAUCGAUGUUUUCUAAUUUGAUUAUUUCUGUGCUAAACGUAAAUUUAAAUUUGUUAUACAUUUUUUCACGAGAUAUUCUUACGCCACACCUUAUCUGUUGGAAGGCAUUGUGAUAUAUCGCCGCCUGAAGAGGCUAAGGAGAUAAGGAAAGUUGAGUUCAGCCAGGGUAGACUAAUGUCUGACCAUAAGAGGAAUGAAACUACUUCCUCGGUGGUCAGACAUUGUAUUGUACAUCUUAUGUCCAUCAACGUUGGGCAGUAAUGGAUUAGGUUUUUAUUCUUUUUUGUAAUUGAUUAAUGAAAUAAUCAUGACAAAAGGCAUCUUCACAGUUAUCUCAAUUCUUAUGUCAGUUUCAAAGCCUCUCGUAUAAGUACAUCACAAAUUAAACUAGCGACUAAUAGAAUACUGCAAAUAUGAAAAAAAAAUAUAUACAUGUCGAAUUGAGUAACCUCCUCCUUUUCGAACGCGGUUAAAAAUGAAUCAAUUAGAAAUUUCUACUUAAAAUACUCGAAUCGCAACGUAAUCGCGUCGCGAAAUAGAAUCUGGAUGCGCAUCGAAUCUUUCGCAGAGAUGGCCGAUAUUUUAUCCAGACAAUAAAUAACGAAUGACGCUAUUCCAUGUUACAAUGAACAUUUUUAUUUAACAAGUAACAAUAAUGUUUCAUUCGUCAUUCGAAAUUUGUAUCCAGAAUUCUGGCCGUCUCUGAUUCUCGACGUGUCUCGAAAUUAAUUUCAAAGACAAAUAGAUGAAAAGAGAGAGAAGGACGUGUGUACUGGGCCACACGAAACUAACCGUACAUAUUUUUUAACAGAAUAGAACGCGCUUCGUUUGCCAUUUUUUUAUAACAGACAUUCGCAGCGCGACGACGGCGCAAUUGCGAAAGAUUUCAAAGUUUUGUGAACUUUUCGCCGAGUCGCGUCGAGUGGUAGAGUUCUCCUUAGUUGUUAAGGCAGCUUAUGCUAGCUAUUAGGGAAAAUCGUAAUCGAUAUCUCGUAAGGACGCAUUGCGAUCAAUAAAACAGCACUUUGUGUCUUUGUUUCCUCGUAAUUCGUGUGGAUGUUCACGUGAAGUUUUCGAUAGAAAAAUGGAAGUGAAGGGAACAAAGUACGUGUAGAAUAAACAUGGAAGAAUUUCAUUAGAGAUUAAAUAGAUUAAAAAUAGUCCGUACCACGAUAUAUCGAAGCGAAUGUUUGCAAAAUCAGGCGAUACUUGUUGCAUCGAAACGUAUCGAAGGUACGCUGAAAAUCGCACGGUCCGAAAUAUGAAUUAUAUGAAUGUGAAAUUGUAAAAUAUACAAAAUUUGUAUGAAAUCGUUGAAAAAAUAAUAAA